AUUGGGAAGGGAAACCGGGCGCAUCCCUCGCAUGCAGCUCGCUCCUUCCCCCAUUUGCUCUGUAAUCCUAUUCCAUCAUGUGCAGCUGGAGAAGGGGACGCAACUCAGCCUUCAGGCCUGGGCGGGGUUCUUGUCGUUUUAUCUUCUCUUUUUCUCUUCUCUUCGCUGCUUUUCUUCCUCCCCCCCUUUCCGUCUCCCAGGCCUGGUGAGGUCAGCUCAUGAAUAUUACUUCAUUUUCCUGAGCGGCUCUGGCAGCGCCGGGUACCUCGUGUACGGGUGCUCGUCUCUCCGUUGCAUGCAUUUUGCUAGCCCGGCGGCAGACAAAGUGGUGCUCUCAGGGCGGCGGCGGAGGAGGAGAAGGCGGAGGACGCCGCCGGUGAUGGACGUCUACCCGAGAUAGCCGCCGCCAUGAGCCAGCCGCCUGCAGGGGGCGCCGCCGCCGAGCCUCGCCUCCACCCCGAGGGCAGCAGCGGCAGGAAGCAGCAGCGAGCCUCCUCCCCGGCCAGGGCCCGCGACACCCCGCCGCGACCGCCGCCCGCCGCCACCACCGCCGCCGCCUCCCGCGCUCCGCCCGCCGCCACCGCCAAGGCCGCCUCGGGGCGGCCACCGCCGGGCCAGGCCCCCCGAGCCGCCCGCGGCCGCACCGCCGACAAGCCCACGCGCGGGGCCGCGCCGCCGGGAGCUGUCCACCCCUGCGCCGGUGCUGAAUCGCCGUCCGCCGCCGGCGGGAAGGCGGUCGCCGAGGAGCCGCCGCGCACCGCCGAGCCCGCAGCCCCACGGACCGCCGAGGAGGCGCCCCCUGCAGGAGGCGGCGGCGGCGGGGGGGAGCGGGAGGGGGCGGUGGCGCCGCAGCCGCCGCCGCCGCCGCCGCCCAAGCAGUGGCGGGGGAAAGCGGGGCGGUCUCCGCUGAAGGGCGCUGGGGAGGCGGCCCCGGCGCCUCCAUCUUCCUCGGGUGCGGGGAAGGGCCGCGGGGCGGCGGGCGGCGGCGGGUACUGGAAGGAGGGAUGCCUGCAGAGUGAGCUCAUCCAGUUCCACCUCAGGAAAGGGCUGGCGGCGGCCGCCCAGAUGCAAACCAAGGGCAGCAACCACAGCAGCAGCGGCAGCGCUUCCUCCGCCUCCUCCUCCGCGGCUGCCGCCCCGGCCGAGUCUCCCCCGGCCGCCUCCGCCUCCUCGCCUUCUGCCAUGGCGGCGGCCGGCGCGGAGGGGCUGCGGCAGGGCGAGGCGGGCGGCGGCGGCAGGAGUGGCGCCCCCGAGGGCGCCCUGAGCCCGCAGCUGCAGGAGGAGAUGCAGGAAGAGAUGGAGAAGCUGCGGGAGGAGAACGAGAGCCUCAAGAACGAAAUAGAUGAGCUGAGGACAGAGAUGGACGAGAUGAGGGACAGUUUCUUUGAGGAGGAUGCCUGCCAGCUUCAGGAAAUGCGCCACGAACUGGAGCGAGCCAACAAGAACUGCCGGAUCCUUCAGUACCGGCUGCGCAAAGCUGAGCGCAAGAGGCUCCGCUACGCCCAGACCGGCGAGAUUGAUGGCGAGCUCCUGCGCAGCAUGGAGCAGGACCUCAAGGUUGCAAAAGAUGUUUCGGUGAGACUUCAUCACGAGUUGGAAAACGUGGAAGAAAAACGUACUGUAACAGAAGAUGAAAAUGAAAAGUUAAGACAGCAGCUUAUAGAAGUUGAAAUUGCCAAACAAGCACUACAGAAUGAACUGGAAAAAAUGAAAGAGCAAUCACUCAAAAGAAGAGGGAGCAAAGACCUACCAAAAUCAGAAAAAAAGUCACAGCAGACACCAACAGAGGAGGACAAUGAAGACCUGAAAUGCCAGCUACAGUUUGUCAAAGAAGAAGCAGCCUUGAUGAGGAAGAAAAUGGCUAAAAUUGAUAAAGAAAAAGACAGAUUUGAACAUGAGCUGCAAAAAUAUAGAUCGUUUUAUGGGGAUUUGGACAGUCCCUUGCCAAAAGGUGAAGCAGGUGGGCCACCUACCACAAGAGAAGCUGAACUCAAGCUUCGAUUGAGACUUGUGGAGGAGGAAGCUAACAUUCUCGGGAGGAAAAUAGUUGAACUAGAAGUAGAAAAUAGAGGAUUGAAAGCAGAGCUUGAUGAUUUAAGAGGAGAUGAUUUCUCGGGGACCUCUAACCCACUCCUGGGAGAGCAGAGUGAAUCCCUGUCAGAAUUACGACAGCAUUUGCAACUAGUAGAAGAUGAAACAGAAUUGCUGAGGAGAAAUUUGGCUGAUUUGGAAGAACAAAACAAGCGCAUAACAGCUGAGCUGAACAAGUACAAGUACAAGUCUGGAGCCCAUGAGAGCUCUAGGCACCAUGAUAAUGCCAAGACAGAAGCAUUACAGGAGGAGCUAAAAGCUGCACGAAUGCAGAUCAACGAGCUGAGUGGCAAAGUCAUGCAACUCCAGUAUGAGAACAGAGUCUUAAUGUCCAACAUGCAACGCUAUGACUUGGCCUCUCAUCUUGGGAUCCGUGGCAGUCCCAGAGACAGUGAUGCGGAAAGCGAUGCAGGAAAAAAAGAGAGUGAUGAUGAUUCCCGCCCUCCUCACCGCAAAAGGGAAGGCCCCAUCGGUGGGGAAAGUGACUCUGAAGAGGUACGCAACAUUCGGUGCCUGACACCCACGAGGUCUUUUUAUCCGACAGCAUCUGGGUGGCAAAAAAACUUCACUGACAGGCAGCAGAUGAAGGACAUUCGCUCUGAAGCUGAGCGGCUGGGCAAGACAAUAGAUCGCUUAAUUUCUGACACAAGCACCAUCAUAACGGAGGCGAGAAUUUAUGUAGCUAAUGGGGACCUCUUUGGACUGAUGGAUGAGGAAGAUGAUGGCAGCAGAAUACGCGAGCAUGAGCUUCUUUACCGGAUCAAUGCACAGAUGAAGGCCUUCAGGAAAGAGCUGCAGGCUUUCAUCGACAGACUGGAAGUUCCGAAGUCUUCGGACGACCGAAGUGCAGAUGAACCUUUGUCAGUGAGUCAGAUGUUCCAGCCUAUCAUUUUACUUAUUCUCAUCCUUGUAUUAUUUUCAUCCCUUUCAUACACAACAAUAUUUAAACUUGUCUUCCUUUUUACACUGUUUUUUGUACUGUAAGCCAUUCAUCAUUUACUGUUCAUUGUAGUAUUAUUUUCAGUUUGUUUAUUUUGUCCAUCCUCCAAGAUAAGACGUGCAAGAGACAUAGUUUCUGUAAUAGCCACUGCUGUAAAAACACUGAAGACUACUUGUUUACCAAAACCAAACCAAACCAAAAAAAACCCCUGGAAGAACCAUACCAAAAAGUCACCCAGUUUGAAUAGGAAACCCUCUCACCAUGGUGUUCCAGGCUUUAAAGACUGGACUGCACUAUAAAACCCAAAAAUGUCCUGGACUUGGAGUUGUUUACACAAAAUAUGAGGAGAUAUUAAGUUACAGAGCUGGGGGUUGGAAGAGAUGGCUUUAAAACCAUCCUCCGUGCACUGACGUCACGUGGAAGCCAGCUGCUGGGAUGAUGCUGAACGGAACUGUUUUUCAGUUUGCAAAAGUUGCGGACUUAUUCAAAGAGAGUUGCAAAUGCUGCCCCAGUUGGAAGGUUGUGUCUUGCUCAGCUUUCUUAUUUCUUUUAAAGAUCAAGAUUCGCAGAACUGGAUCCCAGCUAGCUAUGCAUUUCAUUGCUUUCACUGCUGUUUAGAAAUGGACUGAAAGACUUCUAAGGGAUUUCAUAUUCCAUGAAAGGAAACAUUCAGGGGAGAAAGAGAAAAAGCAGAGCUAUCUUCUUGCUGUUAAACAGACUGUAGCCAUGGACCUGAGUAAACAACUGGAGAAUACUGAGAGGAACUGGAAUAAAGAGAAGAUGGAAUUGCUGGAGAGAUUUGACAAUGAAAGGAAAGAAUGGGAAUGUCAAUGGAAGGUUAUGCAGAAGAAAAUAGAAGAGCUUUACCAGGAGGUAAAACUUAGAAGGGAGAGCAAUAUGAACUUCCAUGAUAAUAAGGCCAUUCAGAGCAAGAUGCUGCAGCUGUCCUUGCAUUCCCCUCCUUUGGAAGAGAGUGACACAGUGGAGCUGAACUAUCAACACAACGUUGCAAAUGACAGGAUGGAAAAAGGAAGUUUGCUCAGUAAAACAGGACAUGAAUGUAAAGAAACCAGAGCCAAGAAUGGAAAUAAUACUCUGUUAAUGAACAGUCUGGCCUUUGAGAACUGUCACGAACCUGAAGACAGCCUCAGCAUCAAAACUUCCAAGAAAAAUGCCAAGAAUUACAUUGGUGAUCUCAAUAUUGCUCUCAAAGAACUUGCCAGAGUCAGUGAAGAAUUAUGCAGCUAUCAAGAGGAAAUUCGAAAGAAGUCCAACCACAGAAGAAUGAAGUCACUUCCUUUCCUGGGGGAAUUUGAGGAAACCCAAAGCACAGUUAUUCUGCCUGAGAUGAACCAUGUGUCCAGCAAUGAAUCACAGACUUCAGUUGCUUUUGAAACAGAGGAACAUAAUAAUAGGAAGAAUCUGAUGAGCUCCACCAAGGCUUUGAAGGACAUGUCUUAUGGUGUUCUUACUGGUGACAGAGGAACAGACUUCAGAUCUUGGCAAAAGAAAGAAGCUCCACCAGUUCCUCCACGAAGUACUUCUCGGCACCUAACAAACUCACUUUCUGCAGUUGUACAGCUUUCUGAAGCUCCAAUAAGAGACACAGGCAUCAAAAGCAAUUGCAAGGCUCAGGACUGUUGGAGUGGAGGGAAACUGAUGAAUCCUUCACCUAUAAACCAGAAUGAAACUGCAGCAGCCUUUGCAAAUGAAGGGCAGGCUGUGAAAGGUCCUGUGAUGGCAACUGCUGCAAUAUGUGUAGCCAAAAAUGAGUGCAAUGUACCAACGAGUUUCUGCCACAACACAUGGGCAUAUGAUGUGGGCAAACUUGGAAAAGACAAUAGAAGUGAACCUUCCCCACUGUCAGCCCAUAAGAGUUGUUCAGAUGGAAAUAUGGCCCAUAGCAACAAGAUGCACCAGAAACAAAAUCCCAAGUCUCACAGCAGCCCUUAUUACAGUAAUGGCUUUUAUGCCCCUUCUACCCUGCACAAUGAUCUUUUGGAAGACUCUAGGUAUACUUCGGGAAAGACCCAGAGAAAUGAAACUUUAGCAGCAAAGAUUGAUGAGUUUAACCGGACUGUAUUUCACACGGAUAAACGUAACAAUGCUUUGCAAGCAAACCAGGUGCCUCAAACAGCAUCAGAAGAUCACAAACCCUGCAGCCCACUGUGUGACUCUGCUAUUAGCAGGACAGAAACUCUAAAUACAUCUUGUGUUUCAAAUCCCAAAUUCUCUGCAGCAAAAGAGCAAGAGACUGGCAACCCUAGCGAAGCUGUCAGAACAGCAGGGCAACAAAAGCCAAUAAAUGGACUUCCAAAUACUAGUGGUUAUAGGCACAUGCUUCACGAGCAUGACUGGAGACCAAGUAAUUUAUCCGGUCGCCCGCGGUCAGCUGACUCAAGGUCGAACUAUGGUGUUGUUGAAAAGCUUUUGAAGAACUAUGAAAAAUCAACAGCGACUUCUCUGUGUAGUGCAAAAUGCUGCAAAGAGCAGUGGACACGAGCAAAUUCUGAAUUCACCGAUGGGGAUUGUGAGACAUUGAGUCAGUAUUUAGAAAUGCUCCAGAUUGAGCAAGGAAAGCAAGAAUUUCCGAGGAAUUCAGCCAGGCAUAUUGGGCAGCAAGUCAAGCAAGGAAAAGAGAGGCAGAAGUUACGAGAGAUCUCUGUGCCAGCUAAGUGUUCAAGCGGGAAGGGUUUCUCCCGGCCUGCUCGGCCAGCAAAUCGACGCUUACCUUCCAGAUGGGCAUCCAGAUCACCAUCAGCACCACCUGCUGUGAGAAGAACGGCAUAUAACUGCUCUAUCUCUUUGCGGUCAGAGACCUCAGUAGUCUGAACACGGAGCUGGGUGGGAUGGUGUUGGGAAAGCUCUACGCCUCCUUGUAACUGUGUUCGGUAUGUGUUAUAGCAACCAGCUCUACACUGUUGUAUCUUGUCCAAGAGUGACCCCCACCACAUGCCGGACAAAGCGUUUUGAAUCUUAGAUCAUCAUCACCAUGGUCUUCAGUGUUUUUAUUGAGACAAAAUAACUAUAACCCUGGUUUUCUCUUUUGGUUUUUUUUUUUUGGUAAUAGCUCACAAGGAAUUUCUUUUAAAUAGCAUCUUCCUUAAUUUGCCAAUCAAUUUUGAGUUGAAACAAUGUAUAGUGCUGUAUAUUCUGACUCUUCUGCAAACAGCAGAACAUAAAGCUGUAUGCAUGAUCAUGUGUUUGUAGGUGCAUGUGUUGGACUAGGAAGUAGACAGGUCUGUAUUUAGAAGAGACAAACUGUGCUAGUGUUGACAUUGAAAUUACAACCUAUAUGCCUACAUAUAUAUACUUUGUGUUCAUUUUAAAAAGUUUGAAAUAUACAGUCCUGAUGACAUUUAUAUUUUGUAUAUCUUUUACAUAGGUUCACAGGUGUAGUAUUUAAUGUACAAAACCUAAAUAUGCAUUUUUGUGAUUGAUUGCAGCGAUAAUGCCUUGCACAAUAUGUAUCUGAAGCAGACUAGCUAGACUGAUCUGUCAGUCAUGCUUCAUGGCAUCCUCCUUCGGUUUCCUAACCUUUAUGAUGCUAGGUCAAAAUACCCAAACAUAUUUUUUCUGAAUUAAAAUAAUAUAUAAUUUGUAAUACAUUAGCCUUUUUCAGCACCAGAGACAUUUCUGAGGUUCCAAUCCCUUUCAAAAGCUUAAAUGUGCCAUUAUAUAUAUAGCAUACUGUAAACACUUUGGUAGUUUCAACUAGUGUAACAUACAAUUAAGGAAGGGAAGAAAAGGGUUGUAUAUGCUCAAUUCUGUGGAACUUAUUUUUCCUUCUAGCAUUAUACUUUGAGGUUUGGCAAAGUCAGAUAACAAUGGACUUAUUUACCUCCAUCAAAGCAGGAGAACAAGGACCGUUGUUCCCAGUGCUGCAGCCACACUCCUUUUUUACUCUUCUAGACUAGAGUGCCUGAGCCGCUUGCUAAUUUACUGCUCCCAGGCUGACUCGUGGCAGCCAGUUACAAAGUUUACUUGCACUCUGGCAACAAGCCGCAUCUAGUACGGAAAUAUUGCAUCGAGGUAUGAUCACAAUGGUGCCCGAAAUCCUAGACACAUGGCGUUGGAAGUUAUGUUUUUGCCAUCACUUGACUUUGUAUUAUAGGCCGUCUGAAUGAUGUGCACAGAGCCUGGCUUGUUCCUUCCUUGGCUUGUGAAUGAAAUAUGGAUGCUACCCAGACUCUUGCUGAACUUUUCAGAAAGACAAUGUCCCUCAUCCUCGAAUUUUUUUUCUAGGCUGUUGCUGGAUGCAUAGUGCAGUAAUGAUGGUAAAUGUUACCUUUAAACAGCAUGUCUAGGUUAAAAGGAGUAAAGAGGCACUUCAACAUCAGCCUGAUCUUGUCUUGAAACUUUUCUUCUUCUCCUGGGGAAACAUACUGUGUUCAAAGGAACUUAAAAAAUCACCCCAGGAUCCAUUAAUGUGCACAUCUUCUUCUGUGACUGUAAAAAGGAUUUCAGAGAGAGUGUAGGCUUUUGUCCUAGUGAAUUGUAUAUGUGGUAAUAUAGGGAAAAUUAAUUGUGCUUAAUUUGAUAGUGAUCUAUUGUCCUAUUCCGGUCAUCUCGAGAAUCCACGCCUCUUUCCUUCCUUUUAGGGCCUUAUUCUUCUUUCCUCUGCACAACUUUGAUUUUGCAGAGAGAGAAAACAGGAGGCCAUGUGUUCUGAGCAAUAUAGCCUGUAUGGUAGCAUCGGUAACUCUUCAGGCAUGCCAGUAUUGGUGCGAGCAGGCAUUAGAACCAUAAAUCCCACCUUAUCAUGCCACUGAGGCUGCCUGCAUGGGAAAAUCAUGCUCAGAGUAAUUUGCCCAGUCUAGGUUCUGGUCCUUUCUAGGUGUCAGUGGUGGGAAAAUCCCACAACAAUAUAUGAAGGCUUCAAACAGAUCAACAAUUCACCAAAUUUUUCUCAGGCAUUAUUGCAAAGUUAUUACUGGAAAAGAUACAAGGACAGAAAAUCUUGAAGAAAAUAUUAAAGAAAAUUUAUACAGUUUGGAUGGAGGCAAAAAUCCAUGUGCCUGAGUGAAAAAUCAGGAGUACUAGAAAUUUGCCUGUUUGCCCUAAUUUAGAGAUUGCACUCCAUUAACUUCCUUAGAACUAGAAAAAUUAAAGAUGAUUCACAGCGAAUUUGGAACAUGGCUUAAGAUUGUAGAUAACUGUGGAAAUUAGCAAACCAAAAAGCCUUGCAAAUUGACCUUCUAAAUGCCUAAGUAUCUGAGCAGCUUUAAAUGCCAAAGGCUGAUGAAAGGGUAAUAUGAGAGAAUUGUAAAACAAUAUGAUUCUUAAUUUCAGUCAGAGUUUACUGCAAUAAAACUUCUUUAAAUUACCUUCAUGGUAAAGCUAAGCAGUUUUCUUCUGAAAAAUGGUGGUGCACUUAUGUUUGAAGUAUGCAACUAUGAAAGUGUUUCCCCUGAUUAGUCAGUGAAGGUGUUUCUUUAGUUCCCUUCAGUUUUUUUGAUUGCCUUUGACAUAUAUCACAUUGUUGAAUACCAGAGAAAGGAUCAAAGAUCUACAACAUUCCCUGAUGUAUGUAAGUUUAAUGAACAGAAGGUUUUUGAAAUAAACUAAUAGGUCAAGGACAAGUCCAUUUUGUCGAGAUUUUCUGUGUCCAUCUAAUUACAGACAUUGGUACUGAUACUUAUCAGUAUCUGAUACUGAUAAGUAUCAAAACUCCUGAUUUUGGUCUGCAGGUGGCUAGUUGGAUAUGCCAAUGUCAGAAAAUUGCCAUCAACACUGCUCAAAUGUUUUCUUCAGCUGUACCUGUAACAGGGCUAGUGCACUGUGGUGAUUUUUUUUAGUUCCCAGAACCGUGAUUACUGAACCAUGAUAAUGGCUUAAUUGCACUUACUUGCUACGGGGGGGGGAAGAGCUCUGUUGGACUUUCAGGUUCCCCCAUGUUAUCUCUGACAAGGAAAUGUAGUUACCUUAGAAGCUCUGAAGCAAGAGACACACACACACACACACUCUCAUGCAAGAACCACAAAUGACUUGACCUUUCUACCAAUACUUGACUAAGUAUGACUUGGCCUUUCUACCAAUCCUAAUGUCACCUAUGGAAGCGGUGAGUUUUAUAAGCCUGUUUUUAAAACAGGUUUUUAAUAUUAUUCCUCCCUAUUAUAUGCUGUCUAAAGUUUUAAUGCAGAUAUAGGUUCUUCUCACUUGUGCUCUGAACAAAUCUAAGACUCUCUUUAUUGCAUGUUUAUGGGCUUUAGUCCUGAAAUAAAUGCAAAACUCCCUGCACACAGCCAGCUGCCCAUUGAAACGGGGAUGUCACUAGGAAUCAGCUGGCUGGUACUUAGUUGAAAGGAAGCAUCAUUCUCCCUCACAUUGGGAAAUGGAGCCAUAAUCUUUUGCUGAGACACUUCUAGGCAGGAGUGUGGCAGGGUAGAAACACACAGAGAGAAGUCAGUUAGACCUUAUCUACAUAUGCAACAUAGGCCAUGUGAAGGCUAGAAAGCUGGCCUGACUGAUCCUCUCUAAAGACAGAAGGAGUAGAGGAAAAAAAAUUUCCUUCAAAUCCUCUGGAUAUCAUUCCUUAAACUCAGAGUAGAUUUCCACUAAAUAGACUUUCCGCUUUCCAGUGUUAGUGACAGACUUCUUAUGUAUCAUUAAAGUGUUGCUGGAGGGAUGAACUUUGAUUGUUCUCCAGCAACAACACAAUUAUCUUUCACUAUUACACAUACUGUAAGGGAGCUAGCUGUUACGUGUAGCCAAGAAUUGGCAACCAGUAUAACAUAAUUUCCCAGAGUAUUCAAAGCAUCAAUUUAUUUCUCCAGUUCUCUAUUUGAAAAAUUAUUUCUGUAAAUAGGGAUUUUUUUAUCCAGAUGGCUUCAACAGCAUUUUAGCAAAGAACUGCAGCAACACAGCAGGCAGGCCACUUCCCUUAGAGUUUUGUUAUAUUUGGACCAAGUCUAAAUUUCCUAGCAUGCAAGAAGUUACGCAAUUCUCACAGUGCUGCUAUGAAAAGAAUUUCUUUGGCUUUGAAAUCUGUAACAUACAGCUCUAGCCAUUAUACUGCUGAUAUUCUCUAUUGGACUAAUCUGUAAUGGUGUCUUUGGUUGUGUACAUGCUCUUUAAACUGGAAGGCAGAAUGCGUUUGCUCUAAAUGCACUAAAUCAAAACCCGUUGUUGCCUCUGGCCUUUCCACCCUUCCUCAGUUCCCAGUGGGUGUAUUUUUUUAUGUGGUUUAUGGGCAUUGGUCUCUAUGUCCUAUGACAUGCCAUCUCAUAGGACUUUCUACCCGUACCACAGUCAAAAUACUUUUUGGAUAGCCUAUUCUAAAAAAUGCUGAGAUUUCUAUUGCCAUCUACAAAUAUAUUAGAUUUCUAUCUAUUGUUUUGCAUCAAUGAAAACGCACUUUCUUCAUUAGCUGUUAGUGGCAUAGAUUAUACAAAAUAUGUUCUUGUUUUUUGAAAUUAUGAUUAAUCUGCAUCAGAGGUUUGCUCAUACCCCCCUCCUUCACACCUUUUCUGUUUUGCAAAGUGCUUGCAUCAGCAGAGAUGUGUUUCUGAUGUGUAUGGUUGAUCCGCUACUGUGUGGCUAUGGGAGCUCAUACCUAAGGGUGCCUUGCUCUAAAAUGAACUGCAUCAGAAUUUCCAUGGGGUAAGAGAGAUCAAAACCUCAAUAUGAUCAAAGUGAAAGUGUGCAAAAUAAAAAUCAGAAAGAAAAGAAGAAUCAAAGAGGAGGAUGCAACGCUUGUAGUUAAUGUCGUGGCUAGUUCUUUGCUUCUAAUGGAAGCUCCUCUGCGCUGCCUACUUCAUACCACCUGAAACCUUCAGUAGUGUACUAUCUUUUUUCAAUCAGCAUAUUUGUAUAAGCUUUUCCUACGCUCUGAGCCCGUAAUAGCAAGAGGUACUGAAAGUCUGAUGUUAGUAAUGCCAGAUUAACACCAGUCCUUCCUCUUCCCACAUCUGAUGGCAUGGUGGUUAUUGAAGAAUGCUUAAGUUUCAGUUGUUAAUCCUUUCUGUGGCAGCAGACAGUUUUACAAGGAGAUGCAUGAUGGUGCUCACAGCAUGAACGUGGAAUGCACAACAUAUUGUGUCUUCCACCCACACUGGAUUCCCAGCACUUCAUAAGGGCACACUCUGUCAUGCUGCUGAAAUGGGGAGAUUCCUGGAAGAUAAAUGUGAACCAGCCUUGGGCUUGAGUACAGCAAGAGUACAGAUACUUCAGAUACAGAUACUCUGGUUGUGCCAGGCAGCGUGUCUAGAAUGCGAGCAACUUCAGUCCUCACUGCAGGAUGUUUUCUACCAGACUGGGAUAAAAGUACAAUCUUAUGGUCUUUUCUGGACGAAUGGAUGGUUUUCACCACAGUGUGACAAAAUUACAGUCUUAUGCUCUUUUGCAGAGGGAUGCCCUUUUCUAGAGACAGCUGGGCAUCAAAGGAGAAAUAGAACCUGUCCUAGGAUGGGGCAUUUCCUGAAUUUGGUUAAGAUCAAUUUCAUGCUCUGUUAAAUCCCUUGCCACUUCUGAGAUACAAGGAAAACUGAGGGGAAAAAAAAAAGGGGGGAAAUGUAAGUGCAAUAUAUGAAUUAGCAUUUAUUCUUACACUUUUCCUGGUACCUAUCCAGGAGCAUCUGGUUUAUGCCUUUUCUCUCAUAACUGCAGUCUACAACAUUUCUGUUUAAGGGUCCAGAUUUUGAUUGCUCCUAGUGAUGCAUGUUUCCCUGUGUAUGGCCAAGAUUCACUGAAAAAUGACACUGUAUGGGAGGGCCCAUACAUCUUAUACUUUUAAAUCAUAUUAUAUAAUAUGCGAGUCCCAAAUAUACUGCUCUAUUGCAUGAGAUAAUGUUUCCCUUUACUAUAGAGUAGAUGUGAUCCCAAUAUGAAUGGGGGGAAGAGAGUAGGCACUGCACAGAUAUGUCUAAGGCAUAUAAUACAAGUAAGCAAGAUGUACUGGCUAGUAUUAAUGGGCGAGCUAAUAUACCUUGGCUAGUCACCCCCGCAAAGCCAGAUGUUCCUUAAUAUUUGGUCUCAGUUGAUUCAUAGGCUUCUACUAACUUGCUAGCAUGUCACAGGGAUCUUAAUGUUAAGGAGUCUCCUUUUGAUUGCCCCUCCAACUGGAGGUAUGCAACAGCCGGUGGCAAAUGUGCCUGCGUAGUCCUUUGCCAGUGCCCCUCAGAUUUUCCUGAAGUGUGGCUAGAAGAAUUUCUGAACCACACUCACAGUAGAAAACGACUUCCACUGAAGAAAAUGGCACACAUUUGUGAACUUUGCAAACAUGACACUGACAGAUGGCAUGGCGACACAGAAAAUCAUACAGAGUUUUACUUCUACAUUACGAGAUACCUUCAGCAGGUCAGCUAUUCUUGUACCAGACAUGAUGUAGAGCUGCUUAAAAUAUUAUUGAUGGAAGUGUAUAUAUAUGGUCUGCUUGUUUCUUUGCAGAAUCUUUCUAGUUUCCACAGAGAUAUUCUGAUUGCUUUGAGAGUUUGGGGUAUUAUUUUUUUUCCCCCAAAUUCACCUGGAGGCAGUUGAGCUACCCAAGCUAUUGCUGGUAAGAAGUUACACAGGGAGUUCUUCUGAAACUGAAUUGUCUACUUGGAGAAGUAGCUGUCUACCAAAGGUGGUAAGAUGUUCAUAAGCUGGCUUGUACGCUGUGACAUCUCCUUUGUGUGUGUGUGUAUAUACACACAUAUACAUAUAUAUGAUACAUCUUAGGAACUUUUUCCUCCAGCAGCUGUUUUUGCUGUAAGACACCAUUUACUCUGCAUAUGAGCACCGCAGUCAGAUACAAAGUACAUACAGAAAAAUUAUGUCUAAUAUUGUAUGCAGACAGACUCCUCCCAAAGGACAGUACUGCAGUGCUUUACAUUAAAAACAGCAUGUGACUUGAUGGGAUCGAGCAGUUUCUGAAAGCCCGUUUUCAUAUAAAUAAAUGCAAUAAAAUCUUACAAUGAAAAGAAAAAAUAGAAAUGUGCUUAUGCAUCUCACCUUUUCCUUCCAUAUAUUAUUAGCCUACCUUACAGCUCCUAUUCUGAUUUUGUCUCUUGUACUGCAUAAAAAGAGAAGAAAAGAAAUAAAAAAAAGUGAAAAUAGAGAUAGUCAGAAAAAUCCUCUAUCUUACACACUGCAAAACGACUGGUGCUGGUCUCCCUGUACAUGGGUAUGAGACUUCGACAGCUGAAGAUAAAACAGUAUUGACCCUGCAGAAAAGCUGACUUUCCAUUUCUUCUCUCUGUAGUUUUACUCCUUCCUUUCCUCUCCCAUCAGGAGGUUAAGUUUCAACCACCCAAGGAGAAGAGAAAUAGGCCUGGUAAAAAUAGCUGCCUGGAAGCUUCUCUUCACCUUCCAGCUUCAUUUCUGUGGGUCUCCAGACCUGCACAGCACAUGAUGUUUCCAUGGACCAGCUCUGAGAAGGCAGGGAAAGGUGCCUUUUGCAGUCUUUCUGCAACAAGCACUAAAGCAGCCAGUUUAGGGCUGAAUAAUUUUACAGGAGGUUUUUUUGCUGUUGUAGUUGUGGAGAAAGCUUUUGCCUCUUCUAUGCAGGAGUCUGUCCCUCCCACAACAACCUUUUGGAUGGGUUUCUGCAAUUUUAAUUCAUUUUAUAGCAAAAUUUCACAGCAGUUUGGACAGAAAGUGAAGAAAUCCACAUUCUCUGUUGGAAGUUAGCCAAAAGCUGAACUAGAUGUAAAAAGGGCCAGAAAGAAUUGAAAACUGUUUUAAAAUCUCCAGCCAAAGUGAUCUGCAGUCAGCCCACCAAGGUUUUUAGAACUGAAUUGUCUCUUUAAGCUUGGCUCUGGGAAAUAAACCAACUUGUUUCUGUUGUAGUGAGUGCAAAGUGGAUGAUGAAAGUAAUUUGCAACAUUCAGAAAUGUUGCAGUCUGGUGAUUUAAGUAGCACUAUGCUGCUUUUACAGCCGCCUGUGAAUAGUUACGUGUUGUUAGAUAAUCUGUUUUUCCUAGGAUGCCAUUCAGUGCCAGCCCAUAUGUCUUUUGGUCUAGACUGCUGUGUUUCAUAGGAGGUAUACAUUUAAAUAUGUCUGGGAGAACCAGGCUGAUGUAAUACUGGAGACGGCAUCGCUGUGAUCUGCAUUUGAGAAAAUCAAUGUCACUAAUUCAGAGUGCCUGCUUUCCUUUUAUGUCUAUACACACACUACACAUUAAGUAUAUGUAUGCACUGAUUAAUUUUUUUUACUGCUUCCUUCUUGCUUUUGUGCUGUCACUGCACUAUAUGGAAACAGCAACAGUGGGACCUGUAUACGGUUACAAUCAUUCUUAACUAAACAGUGGUGUUACACUGGACUUGGGAUCCCAACCAAAGUCCUAGGGAAAGGAUAUAUUAAGACAUUUAGGGUAGGGAGCUGGACCAAGUCAUUUAUAAUUCACUUCAGCUAAAGUAGUCCUAAUCCUUUCUCAUGCUAUUCUGUUCAAACAUUAUAGGUUUGCAGCUGUUUUUCCAGGGCUAGUUUUAGUAUAUUCGUAUUUUUCUCCACCUACAUUUUCCUGUGAUUUGGAGAAAGACAGUCUGUAAGAAAAAAGGCUUUGUAUAAGAUUGAAGACUUCUCAAAUUCAAGACAAUCGGAUUCAGUUCAUUCACUUGGCACACAGGGGUCAAAUGUAAACUGUGUCAGAAUGGAAUUUAUCAAAAGCUGGAGAAGAACUGAGUCAUCAAAUCCAGGCUUUUGGUUUAUUCUAAUUGCUGCUUGAACCUCCCUAACAUCCAGAACCAAAUCUCAAAAUAAUCUGUCAGUCCUGGUACCUCCUACAGAGUUUGAAUUUUGAAUGGCUGCAGAGAGAAACUUAAAAUUACACAUCCAUGUGUAAGUAUUAUCAGCGUGCAGAGACUAUAAUGGAUCUCAAAGCACUUUGUGCGGCUCAAAAUUUCCUCCUAAUAAUUCACAGUGGUGAUCUCCACUCUAGCCUGUAAGGCCAACCAUUAAAAAAAAAAGCCAUUGAACCCCAACACCCACAGGAGAAAGAACAGCAACAACAAAUCCAACAGAAAAAAAACCACAGAGAAAAGUCCAAGCUCCAGCCGCAUGUGCGACAUCUCUGCUAAGACAAGGAAGCAGAUGCCAGCUUUGCUGCACAGGCUUUGGCAGUGAUGACUUAUUGCCUUAGAAGUCUGUGCAAAAAGAGUGGUCUCCUCCCCUUGUACUGAGGAGCAGUAGAGGGACAUGUUCAUGUUCGUAGCUGGAUUCCCAGGUUUGCACCCAGUUUCCUGAAAGAGCAACAACUGGCAGAGCUGAACUGAAAUCAGCUCUGUUCAACAAGUGGACACUAAUGUCCUUAGUAAUCAUCUUUGUUCCAGAGCUCCUUGCUGUUACUACUGACCAGGAAAGGCAGGAAUUAAAAAGGUUUCUCUUGGCACCCAUAGCAAGUUUGCCAAAGGGUGAAUCUUGCAGCAUUUCUUUUCCUAAACACAAUUUAAAAACCCAGCAGCCUCACUUGUACUUUUUCUGAAAUGCUCUGUGCACACACUUAGUCACUGCUGGUUAAAACUGUUUUUCAUAACAAUGAUGUUACCCACAGUUGACUGAGUUACUGAUAAGGCUAGCUGCAGCGCAUCAGGAAUAAGGAAAUGCUAUUCUAGAAUUUCUUUGUCAGAGACACAGAGAAUUUCGUUUUCAACACGCACACGGCUUUGAGCUUCCGGUUGGAUCAAGAGGAGAGGGCAUUCGUCCACAUCCAUCACUUCAGACAGGUCUUAAUCUUCAAGUCUUUAAUGAUAUCACACAAGAGGAACUUCUGAUUGUUACACUUUGUUUGGAGGUAGAAUAAAUGACUGUGAUCCAGCUAAGUCAUGAAUCUGGGGCUUGGAAAGACCACUAUUCUCUCCACAGGCAGCUUACAGUGUGAAAGCACACUAGAUAUGAGAUGUUAAAUCUUAAAGCACUGCACUGCUACAUGUUUAUCUUCUAGUUGUGUUUUCUGCAGCCCUGUGGAGCAAGCAUUAACAUUCCUAUUUUUGAAGUGAAGGAAAAUGAAGCAGAAAAAGAAAUAGCAGGGAACUCUUGACUUUCUGAGGGAUAGUGGGAGGAAGGAAAUGAAGCAGAAGAGCAGAGCAGAAAUUACUGUAGCAAUGUAAGAUGCGCCGUGCUCUUUUUAGCUGACCUUUCAAGAGGGAAAGAGUGAAACCUCCACUGCCUUACAAGCCAAAUUCUCAGACUGAUGUCAGUUCACCUAAUGCUGGGGAAGGGAAAACUUAGCUUAUGUUGCAUUGAAGUGGGAGGGGGACUUGCAUGAUUCAUUCCACAGCAGGGUCACUAUCUCAAGUGACCCUGUCAAGCUUAUUCUAACCAGCAAAUGAUGUAGCGAUUGAGUAAGUAAUUCUGUAAAUCUGCAUUCACAAUCUUAAGAAGCUCUUUUCAAAAUUGACAUAUGUUCUACAGAGGUUCAUCCUUUUAUGUACAUUUCUGGUCUAACAACUGCAUGUUUACUGUUCUUGUUCUUGUUCAUCUGUUCUUGUUCAUCUGUUGGGUCUUAAUCCAGAGAACAGAAGCAAGAUGGAUCAUGGGACGGGGACUUCAGUGCUCAGUGUUUUUGAUCUGCCAGGACACACCUUAGCUGAUCAUGCUCAAACCACUGGGUGAGAUUCUCAAUAGUGCUUGCUAAUUUCUACUGAAGUGAUUGAGGCACUUGCACAGUUCUGUGGGCCUUGGCUUUGGUUCCCUUUGUGCAAAGUAAUGGUUAUAAUAAUACUUUCUUUGGCUGACCGGUCUGUUUAGAGUAUGUUAGUCAAUGCAGAGAGACAAUAGGAACUCCCUUUCAGUGCAGAAGGAAUAGUAGAAUCCAAAAUCCACUGAAAUUAUUAGAAGUCUUUUCCAUCUUGGAUCAUGCCCUGUGUACUUAAGAUAAGUUUUCAGCUAACAUUUCUAACGCAAGGAACUGUGAAAGAAGGACCUGAACUGGUGCAAAGAGAACUCUUUUCUUUGAUUAACAAAUCUCUCCAAAUUACACUUUGGCAAAACUUGCUGUUAGUCCUAGUUCUGGGAAAAUGUGGGUAUCCCAAAGGCCAGCUGACAGUCUUGCAGACUGUCAUCAAAAGAACUUAUUAUUAUCAAGGCAAUGGACAAAAUUAUUCAAAUAUUGCUGAAUUUACCAUAUAAGGGAUAUUGGAUUCAAAACUGGACUGGUCUGUGACUGUCAGUGUGAUUUAAUAGACUCCAUGCAGCAGGUUCCAAAUCUGCAAUAAUUCAUUCUCCUGCCCCUGAUUAAGGUCUUGGAUCCAUACAACUCUCACAUUCAAUUACAUUCUUCUCAGUUAAAAACACGUCUUUAAUCAAGCACUGGACAGCCACAAUUAGAAGAAUCAGAUGUUCUAAUGAAAGAAAGGAGUUGUAGGUGAUGCCAGCAGAGCUCACACAAAGCACGCUGAAAAGGCAGGCAAGCUGAUGGCUAGAAAAGUUUCUGUCUCUUCUCUUUACCACCCCUCCCCUCUCCUGCUGACAUUUUCUAACUCAGUAGAAGCUGCCAAAUCGCAGAUGGUUGUGGGGCCUGAGUGAAUCAGAAUAAAACAAGGAAGCUAGUAUUUGUAGGAGAGAUUGGAACAACAACAAAUAAGACUGACCUAAUUAUUCAAGCAUGGUCAGACAUAAUGCCAAACUGCAUCUUCUGAUAUUUGCCGUGUGAUUUAUAUACCAGUAUGUACUGCAGAAUACAGUCAAAAAAUGCUGAAUUCCCUUUUCUCUCUUCUGUUGUGAAUCUAGUAGCUUUUAGUGUUCUGAAUCCACUGAGUCCAGAAUUUUGCUAUAUCAAAUGCCUCAAACUUAAUUUACGGGGGACAGCAAUACCAAAUCAGAUAAUGUUUGCUCAUGAAAUCAUAAAUAUAGAUAUUUUAUUACCAAGAUUUUAAAUUGCUAGGCAACCAAUAUUCCAUUUUGAUGAAGAUGUGAUACUGCAUGCUGGGACUUACAGUUUCAGUACUGUAUCAAUGUAUGGAAGUAAAGGACCAACACACUGUUGACAACAGUUGGUUCCUAGGUUCAUUUUGCCAUCACUUUUGCUACCCUUUCUGACGCUUUGUUAUUGAAGGACCGUGCUGGAGAAAAAGUAUGGAUAUAGGUUCGGUCCCUGAGUUUAGAGAACACAGGAAGAGGAGGGGAAUGCUGAGUCACAGACAAGACUCAGCCAAGCACUGAUUCUGCCCUCCUGACUCUCUGGCGUUAGAAUAAUCUCCUCCAGCAUCAGGACUGCUGCUGCAGCACAAGCCCAGCUAGACCUUGAUAGCAGUCAGCAGUAUCAUGUACUUUGGGGGAAGGAGAGAGGAAAAAACCCAACCACCAAACAACAAAAAAACCCAGAAGUAGGAACAUGAGUUAAUUUGUUCUGAAUAUAAUGUUUCUCCUAUUCUUGGUCACAGGACUAUGUACCUGUGCACAUUGAUGGAUUGCCCUUUUUAUAUUUUCUGGAUGGAGUGCAAUGCCAUUGUUCCCACUUUGUAGCUGGAGAGCAGUGGCACAGAGAGACCCAUGUUUUAAAGCCAUUGAACUCUGUAAUUCCAGAGACUUCUUAUGGGAGUCAGGUUUCCAAACCGAGUUUCAGCAUCUGGCCAACUAUUGUCUUUCCUCCCUCUGUGACCAAACCGAGAUUACAGGGUAGAGAAGGAAAUUGAACCCACACCUCUCACACCCACCGUUAUAGCUAUAUCCCCACCAGCUAAGAUUAGGAUUUGGGCCCAGCUUUCUUGUACUCUUCCAACUCUGGAAACUGCUGUAAGCUGUAAGCAUACAUAACUUGCAUUUCUGCCAUAAGAGGUGCCUGCUUUAAUGGCAACAUAGGUUAGCUGUGCAUAUGGUGAAAAUGUACAUUUUUUAAUGGCUUUUUUUUUUCAUUCCUCCACCUGCACUUACUGAGAGAGAAAAUGAAUGCAACUUUCUGAUUCGUUUUCUCUGCCUGGGUCAUUUUAUGUGCUUUUAGUCUUCUUUCUUUUUAUUCAAACUUUUCUAUUCAGUCUAAGAAAAUGGUCCCAAACUUUUCGAGCACCCUUAAAGGGGAAUUUUGCUUUGCCUCUAACUAUCCUUUGGAAUUACCUCCAAUACCGUUCUGUCCUCUCAAAAUAGGCAAGCAUAAAGAAUGCGUAAGAAACUCUCCCUGGAUUAGGAAAUGACACAGAGCAUAUUUCAUACUCAAUCCCCUUUUUGUUUUCUGACAUACAUCAGCUCUUUCCGCCACUGCUGCAAAAUGGGCAGAGGUUUUGUUUGUGGUUCUUUAUGCCGACACCAAGUUAAUUCCUAGCAUGGAUUACAGAUGCUCUGGGGCACAUCCACACAAAGAAAUGGAGCUGGGGCAUGCGCUGACCUGAGAGAUGCUAAGCCACCGAGUGUCACUUUGUGGUUGUCUCUGAGUCACUUCAACACAGCUUAGUCAUGGAAUUAGCACAUGGGUCCCAGUUAAUGAGCCCUGCAGGUUCUCGUGGUGCCUCUUAAAGAUGAUUUUCAAGAAGCUCCAGAUGCUUACUUGCAAGCAGUGAAAUUACCAUGUCUAUUUGUUACUCAUGUGGCUAGAAAACACACAGGCAAAAGAAUAAUCUUUCUUUUUAGAAACUUGUCAUUUUGUUUUGUAUAGCAGUGAGCAGCAAAUGCUAAUGAGAGACCAAAAACCGUCACACAGACUAAAUGACAUGUCUCUGCAGCCAAAUUUAACUUGCACUGAAGUCCAUGGGAGUUUUGCCAAUGACUAGUACAAAUACUAGAAGUUCCUCAGGGUCAGACAAAUAGUAAAAUGAUCUAGGGAAAAAUCUAGCUGAAGUAUGCACUUGAAACAUCUGCUCAUAAGGAGUUCACUGGUUGGGUUUGUGCAGCUGCUCAGGAGCAGCCCCUGAACCAACCAUGCAGCUGAGUUCACCCUGCCAACACCAGUUGCCAGUGGGAGCUCCCCAGGACGCGUCUCCAGGGGGAGCCAGACGAUGCUCCCCAGUGCGAGCCCUGCACUACGGCAGCUUCUCUGGCAUACCUCCCUGCUGUGCACCCCAUGGUCCCAUUGCCUCUAGUAGUGGCAGGCCACAGAUAGACAGGAGUCGAUCCUCGAUUCUGCCCUGGAGUAAUCUCUUUAGCUCUUCCUAGAAGAGCCACCUGAUAUGUGACAAGUGAUGGUUGAAAGAAGUCUAAGUUCAAGACAAAAGCAGAGAUGCAUUUCAGCCUGCACAGGUACAAAGUAGGUUAAAUCCCACUCUGAAACAUGCUGUCAUGAAAUUUCUGUGGUACAGUUUUCUUAAAAUUGCUAGUUUUCCUGUUUGGUAAAGUAUAAUCCUCUCUCCCUUUCAAGACAAUGAUAAUUAAAGCAUAAAAAGAAUCCUGUUGCUUAGACCUUGAUCCUGUUCAGUGCUUCUGAGCCAUGGCUUUGCUAAAGAAGUGUUUAAGUAAGUGGAUAAUUUUGCUUCAGUAAGCGAACCAUUCUCUUAGAUUACCAGAGAGUAGUUAGUGUUCUGCCAAGCAAGGUUUCAGAAAAAGAUACCCUUUAAAAUAGGGUAGACGAAAUACAGUAGGAGGGUAAUCAUAUAAUGUUUAAAAACAUCACAGUAUAAGAGACAUGCAUUUUAAUGCAAGAAACAUAAAUCUAUUUGAGUAUCUUUUGGAGGCAGCAGGGGAGAUUUGGACUGCAUGGUGCCAGACACAUACAAACGCACGCUGAUCAGAACUUGUGGGCUUGAACAGUAUACAGCAUUAAAUAAAUGAGACUGAGAGACAAAAACAAAACAACAAACCUGUUUAUCCUCGUGCUGAAAGUUCAUACUGUAGGCAGAAUCAGAUAGAAACUAUCACUGGAAAUGAUGUAACUAAAAUCAGUUUAACUACUGCACCUCCAAAUACUCUAGCGUAAUUUUUCACACCAAGAGGCAUCCUACACCCUCCAUUUCUUAUAACCACGCAGACAAAUAUUAAAAGGCAUUCUACUGCAAAACGAGGUAAAUCUUCCGCAUAAACUCACAAGCUCUCCAAGUUCAAGAGAUCGGCAAUGACUCAUUUUUGAAUGACUAGGUCAUAGCAGAGCUACUAACUAUUUUCUGGUAUUGAAAGUAUCAGGUGUGACCACCUCUUCAUGUUGUGUGUUUACGUAUUUACCCUGGUGAUGCCAUUUACACAGCUGUGGUCAUUCUGUCCCUGAGGGCCUCAGUACUGCCUGUGAAACUGGAUAGCGCUGCCAGCAACGGACAAGGUGGAGGAUGUCACCAAUUGACCAUGAUAAUUUAGGAUACCUGAUGUUUAUGUGGCGUGUUAGAUCCCUAGAGCACUGGGCAAGCAGUGAUUUGGUAAUGUAAUUCACAAUUUAUAUCAGAAUAACUAUUGGACAUCCCUAGUAAAAGUGUAACUUAGUACCUGUGCUUGCCUUGGGUACUUGAAUAUUACCAAGACUUUACAAAGAGGGAAAAACCCAACUUUUGGCAAAAUAUACAUCCCAGUAAGGCACAGUUUCUCUGGAAAUCAGGCUCCAGACACUAGCAACUCCGCAGGACGUAGUCACAGUCCAUGAUUUCAACAGCCAAGAGGUAGAGACUAAGAGCAAGCCAACCUAAUCUUUCUCAAAGGCAAAGCUAUUUUGGGAUCCAGCUUGCCAAUAAUGUACUAAUGGAUAUUUUGAGGUCCUGGCUUCUGAUGCCUGUAACUCACUGGCAGCAGUGAAUUUCCUCUCACCAAGGGGUCAUUGUGUGCAAGAGACAAAUGAAUCUGGUUUAUGUCUGAGGCUGCCUUGUAUUUUGGUCUUGACUGCUACCUGUUUCUCUUGUAGCCUCCCAGUCUCUCUCCCCAUGUUUCUCUCCUUGCCUUGCAGUUGAAAAAAGCAAGAAAGCACAAGCAGUGUCAUAAAUUUGCCACUUUAGGUAGACAAAAGGAACUUUAUUGUAUUAGUUGUUGUAAGCAACCUCCAUAUAGAAGUUAUAUAGAUAUAGAAUGCUCUCCUGGAACACCAAAUGAGUGCUGCCUCCCUGCUUUCCACCUCCCAGCAAGUCAUCCUCACCAGCUGUCGGAAAGCGUUAAGUGCUCUGGAGAAACCAGGGAUGUAAAUACUGCUCUGGAAAAUAGAUAUAUGAAAUUAUAAUAAUUACCAUUGUACUUAACCAUAUUGCAGUAUAUAAUCGAAGGCAUUUUUUUUAAAGCAUUAGCCAAGCUUUUAAAUCUGUUAGGAACAAAAGAUAAAACAUGCACUCUUCUCAGUGUUUCUCAACAUUUCUGAAGAGGGAAAAUGGCUGAAAGUUGAAACUAUGUGCUUCUCCCAGGUCCAGUUCUCAUAGUGUUAGUACACAGUAUUUGGAUUUAAUUUGCUUGUGUUAUGAGUAUAUGAGAUCUGCAGGUUGAUUAUGUUCUGUGAAGGUUUUCCUCGAGCUCUUAUGGGCAUAUUGGGUCUCUGCCACAUGACUAAAUUGCUGGUUAAUUCCUAUGUGUCACCUGAGGCCUGGUUAUCACUAGGAAUCCUUGUGUACCAGCUGCUAGUCUGCCAUAGAUAUAAGGUAACGCAACAUAGCUCAGACUGUUGUGAAAAUAAAAGAUGGUGUCCAAGAACUGUGGUCAGGCCUAACAACGCAGGCGUUAGGAAACUUGGGGGUUUCUCCAUUCUUUGCCAUUCAUCUGCUGUGCAGCUCUGGGCAAAUCACUUUGACCUGUCAUCUUCUUCUCUUCCCUUUUGCUUUUCUUUUCUCUUGUUUACUUAGGUUAAAAGGACUUGAAGGAUCAUAUGCACCUGGGAUCUCUAGACUUCACCACACUAAGAGUUCUUAUGUUUGUUGGGGUUUGCAUCCAGCUAGGAUAUGAACUUUUUGGUUCAUAAGACCUUAGUGAGCACUCUUGUGACGACAGCCGUAGUGUGAAUUCAGUAAGGGGAUCACAUACUAACUGCAGCAAGACCGGUGAAUGGUGCAGUGCCUGAGUGCAGAAAACAAAAGCCACUAGUCUUAAAUAUUCCUAAUUGAACCUGACUGCUAACUAAACCACUGCUGUGACUCACAGCAGUUCUGCAAUGUAAAUACUUUUCUCAGAGACAAUAAAAUUUAAUUGGAGUCAGCUUGUUGUUAUUGAUUGCAACAUAAUGCGUUAGAGAGCAUCCUUUUCCAUACACUCUAUUUAUAGUAUCUGCAUCAUGGAACAGUCAUUACAGCUUUUCCAUCCUCAUUGUACAAUCGUGAACAAAGCAUUAAAUACACAUUCCUGUUAGCACGUUAACUCAGGCCUGUCAAAAAAGACAGGGAUGAAAGUCGGUUGAUGAAUUAAGCGUUUAGCAUUUCUGUAAGAAACUAUCCAAAUAGAGUGAAAUCCGGGGGAAAAGGGGUGUGAUUUAGCAAGGGAUGUUAGCUUUCUCUUUAUGUGGCGUGCUAUAUGUUGAAGACAUGGCAUGCAUGUUUACAUUGCCAAAAACAUUUACGGUGCAGAUGGCACUACAUGAGUCUUCUCUCCCUGCAAAAGUGGCUCUGUGCCCAGCUCUGCAGCUUUUCCUCCACUCCCUCCAUAAACCUGGAGUCCCAAGAGAGCCUUUGUUAAAGAAGCUUGCAGUGGAAAGCAAGGCUUGUGUUCUGCCAGGCCCAAUUCACUUUAAACAGUAGUCAACCGAAUGUGGUAUGUAUUAACAGGCAUAUAAGCAGGAAAGUGCCUUUAGGCUAAUGCAGUGCAACUGCAUGCACAACUAGAGAGAAAUGAAUGUGCUGACAAAAUACUGUUCCUACCUCUUGCUUUGAAAGCCAUGGAAGGUUCGACUUUGAGAUUGCUGUCUCUAGAGCUGUUGCUGCAGGGUGGUAAUAAUGCAAUAUCACAGGAAGCCACUGAUUUAGAGUCUGCUUUCUGCAGAGGCAAGUUGCCUUCUCAAGAAUGAGUUGUACACAGGCCAAGACUGAUGCUAUGGCAGCAUGAAGCAUUCCCAGGGGAAAUAGCAACUGCAAUGCUUCUGAAGAAUCUCAUUUGGUCUAAUGUUUCAAGUAACCUCACAGACCCUCAAAGGUGAGGAUACAGAUGCUUACUCUCAUAGAGAGCCCUCCUUCAUGAUAGGAAGGAGGUAGUUAAAAAUCAGGCUCCCAAUUGAGCAAAGACACAAUUGUCUGCUUGAAGUUAAACACAUGCUCAAGUAGUUCACUGAACUGGAGCCAAAGGAUGCAAAGGUGAUAGCAAAGGGAACAUUCAACUGAAAAAGAAGAAAAGCAGCAUGUUACCAGAAAUGCUCAUGACAAUUCUUUCAAGUUCCUGUACUCUAAUAGAGUCUUUAUUUUGUCCCUGCUUGUACCCCAGCACAGCUAUGCAGAGCUAAGCUGGAGUGAUUUACCCUGGAGGGGUCACUGUUCAAGUGGAAAUUACUUUAGGAGUGUAAUUUAUUCUGAUUGUUAGCAGUAAUUGUGAACUUUUCUGUCAGAUAAAGUGAGUAGUAUUUAAAAGUGAGUAGCAAACAGCAGUGGAAGAAUAUCUACAAUAAAGUCUGUUGUUUAUUAGCCAUGA